AUGGCCGAGCAUGCGGAAUCGCCCUUGGCUACUCAGCAACACGCGUCCAAGGGAGAUAUGAUUCGGUCCAACCUCGGCAAGUCGAUUGUCCAGGAUUUUGGAUACUUUCGCGACAUCCUCGAAGAGCACCAUGACCGCCGAGAGCGCAUCAUUAAAGUGUCCAGAGAUAUCAACAACUUCAGCAAAAAGAUGAUCUUUGCGCUCCACCGUGCAGAACCCAAAGACUACCUCCCUCAAUUCUCGGCCACAUCCGAAGCCCUAGUCGAGUUCAAAGAGAAACAUGCGACUGUCUUGAAACUCUUCCACCGAGCGACCAUUGAUCUUCAAGGAUCCAAUUAUUAUCGUUACCAGAGGAGCAUCUCUGGUGCUUUUCAGGAAUACAUCGAGGCUAUGACACUGGAAUAUUACUUGGUUCACGGAAAGCUUAUGCCCAAGAGUGCACUCGAGGCGGAUCUGGCCUUUACGACGACGGCAGAACAGAUGGCCAACCCAGAUCUCAUUAUCGCCAUUGGUCAAUCUCCGUUCGGCGGCGAGGGUAGAUCAGGAGGAGGCGGUGGAGGACAGCGAGGAAAGUUCAACAAGGACAGCAGGAAAAGACCAUACAACAAAGACAGGGAAGAAGCCCCCAAGAGACCAGCAAACCCUACCUCGGCAGGUGGACCAGCAUCACAACCAUCAGCGAGCACAUCGGCUGUUGAUGGAUCACCUUCAACGGCUCCAACUUCGCCUAUGAUCAUCGAAACAGACCAAACACCCCUAGUACCAGUAGCGGUGGCAACAUUUUCUCCAACAGUACAGCUUAGACUCGAGGUUACAGACGAGGAUUACCUGCUAGGGAUUGCCGAUCUGACAGGAGAAUUGAUGCGUCUCGCCAUCAACACCCUCGGUCAGUCGCUGAUGCCGACCCUCCAGGGCGAGGAUGCAUCAAUCCUCUCACCUGAACAACGCGUCCAACACAUCCUCCAGUUCCUCCGCGAUAUCAAGAGUGGAUUCGACGGACUGUCACUCACCAAAAUGUCGCCCAUUUCUAAGAAGAUGGGUGUUUUGAAACAGUCUCUUCAAAAGAUUGAGUUGGCCUGUUAUAACGUCAAGGUGCGCGGUGCAGAGUAUCCUCCGGAGGUGUUGAGGCAGAUGUUAAUGAAUGGACAGGAUUUGGGUGGCGGUGGUGGUGGGGGAGAUUCUGGAGCUGCCGGUAACGAGGACGAGGAGUAA